AUGAGACGAUUGAGGGAGGUGCCAACCUUCAAGAAGACGCCCGAGACGACGGAGGUGGAUGAGACGGAGGAGACCACGACGUUCACGACGGAGACGUAUGAGACGAUUGAGGAGGUGCCAACCUUCAAAAAGACGCCCGAGACGACGGAGGUGGAUGAGACGGAGGAGACCACGACGUUCACGACGGAGACGUAUGAGACGAUUGAGGAGGUGCCAACCUUCAAAAAGACGCCCGAGACGACGGAGGUGGAUGAGACGGAGGAGACCACGACGUUCACGACGGAGACGUAUGAGACGAUUGAGGAGACGUAUGAGACGAUUGAGGAGGUGCCAACCUUCAAGAAGACGCCCGAGACGACGGAGGUGGAUGAGACGGAGGAGACCACGACGUUCACGACGGAGACGUAUGAGACGAUUGAGGAGGUGCCAACCUUCAAGAAGACGCCCGAGACGACGGAGGUGGAUGAGACGGAGGAGACCACGACGUUCACGACGGAGACGGUGGAUGAGACGGAGGAGACCACGACGUUCACGACGGAGACGUAUGAGACGAUUGAGGAGGUGCCAACCUUCAAGAAGACGCCCGAGACGACGGAGGUGGAUGAGACGGAGGAGACCACGACGACGUUCACGACGGAGACGUAUGAGACGAUUGAGGAGGAGACCACGACGUUCACGACGGAGACGUAUGAGACGAUUGAGGAGGUGCCAACCUUCAAGAAGACGCCCGAGACGACGGAGGUGGAUGAGACGGAGGAGACCACGACGUUCACGACGGAGACGUAUGAGACGAUUGAGGAGGUGCCAACCUUCAAGAAGACGCCCGAGACGACGGAGGUGGAUGAGACGGAGGAGACCACGACGUUCACGACGGAGACGUAUGAGACGAUUGAGGAGGUGCCAACCUUCAAGAAGACGCCCGAGACGACGGAGAAGACGCCCGAGACGACGGAGGUGGAUGAGACGGAGGAGACCACGACGUUCACGACGGAGACGUAUGAGACGAUUGAGGAGGUGCCAACCUUCAAGAAGACGCCCGAGACGACGGAGGUGGAUGAGACGGAGGAGACCACGACGUUCACGACGGAGACGUAUGAGACGAUUGAGGAGGAGACCACGACGUUCACGACGGAGACGUAUGAGACGAUUGAGGAGGUGCCAACCUUCAAGAAGACGCCCGAGACGACGGAGGUGGAUGAGACGGAGGAGACCACGACGUUCACGACGGAGACGUAUGAGACGAUUGAGGAGGUGCCAACCUUCAAGAAGACGCCCGAGACGACGGAGGUGGAUGAGACGGAGGAGACCACGACGUUCACGACGGAGACGUAUGAGACGAUUGAGGAGGUGCCAACCUUCAAGAAGACGCCCGAGACGACGGAGGUGGAUGAGACGGAGGAGACCACGACGUUCACGACGGAGACGUAUGAGACGAUUGAGGAGGAGACCACGACGUUCACGACGGAGACGUAUGAGACGAUUGAGGAGGUGCCAACCUUCAAGAAGACGCCCGAGACGACGGAGGUGGAUGAGACGGAGGAGACCACGACGUUCACGACGGAGACGUAUGAGACGAUUGAGGAGGUGCCAACCUUCAAGAAGACGCCCGAGACGACGGAGGUGGAUGAGACGGAGGAGACCACGACGUUCACGACGGAGACGUAUGAGACGAUUGAGGAGGUGCCAACCUUCAAGAAGACGCCCGAGACGACGGAGGUGCCAACCACCUUCAAGAAGACGCCCGAGACGACGGAGGUGGAUGAGACGGAGGAGACCACGACGUUCACGACGGAGACGUAUGAGACGAUUGAGGAGGUGCCAACCUUCAAGAAGACGCCCGAGACGACGGAGGUGGAUGAGACGGAGGAGACCACGACGUUCACGACGGAGACGUAUGAGACGAUUGAGGAGGUGCCAACCUUCAAGAAGACGCCCGAGACGACGGAGGUGGAUGAGACGGAGGAGACCACGACGUUCACGACGGAGACGUAUGAGACGAUUGAGGAGGUGCCAACCUUCAAGAAGACGCCCGAGACGACGGAGGUGGAUGAGACGGAGGAGACCACGACGUUCACGACGGAGACGUAUGAGACGAUUGAGGAGGUGCCAACCUUCAAGAAGACGCCCGAGACGACGGAGGUGGAUGAGACGGAGGAGACCACGACGUUCACGACGGAGACGUAUGAGACGAUUGAGGAGGUGCCAACCUUCAAGAAGACGCCCGAGACGACGGAGGUGGAUGAGACGGAGGAGACCACGACGUUCACGACGGAGACGUAUGAGACGAUUGAGGAGGUGCCAACCUUCAAGAAGACGCCCGAGACGACGGAGGUGGAUGAGACGGAGGAGACCACGACGUUCACGACGGAGACGUAUGAGACGAUUGAGGAGGUGCCAACCUUCAAGAAGACGCCCGAGACGACGGAGGUGGAUGAGACGGAGGAGACCACGACGUUCACGACGGAGACGUAUGAGACGAUUGAGGAGGUGCCAACCUUCAAGAAGACGCCCAAGACGACGGAGGUGGAUGAGACGGAGGAGACCACGACGUUCACGACGGAGACGUAUGAGACGAUUGAGAGGGUGCCAACCUUCAAGAAGACGCCCGAGACGACGGAGGUGGAUGAGACGGAGGAGACCACGACGUUCACGACGGAGACGUAUGAGACGAUUGAGGAGGUGCCAACCUUCAAGAAGACGCCCGAGACGACGGAGGUGGAUGAGACGGAGGAGACCACGACGUUCACGACGGAGACGUAUGAGACGAUUGAGGAGGUGCCAACCUUCAAGAAGACGCCCGAGACGACGGAGGUGGAUGAGACGGAGGAGACCACGACGUUCACGACGGAGACGUAUGAGACGAUUGAGGAGGUGCCAACCUUCAAGAAGACGCCCAAGACGACGGAGGUGGAUGAGACGGAGGAGACCACGACGUUCACGACGGAGACGUAUGAGACGAUUGAGGAGGUGCCAACCUUCAAGAAGACGCCCGAGACGACGGAGGUGCCAACCUUCAAGAAGACGCCCGAGACGACGGAGGUGGAUGAGACGGAGGAGACCACGACGUUCACGACGGAGACGUAUGAGACGAUUGAGGAGGUGCCAACCUUCAAGAAGACGCCCGAGACGACGGAGGUGCCAACCUUCAAGAAGACGCCCGAGACGACGGAGGUGGAUGAGACGGAGGAGACCACGACGUUCACGACGGAGACGUAUGAGACGAUUGAGGAGGUGCCAACCUUCAAGAAGACGCCCGAGACGACGGAGGUGGAUGAGACGGAGGAGACCACGACGUUCACGACGGAGACGUAUGAGACGAUUGAGGAGGAGGUGCCAACCUUCAAGAAGACGCCCGAGACGACGGAGGUGGAUGAGACGGAGGAGACCACGACGUUCACGACGGAGACGUAUGAGACGAUUGAGGAGGUGCCAACCUUCAAGAAGACGCCCGAGACGACGGAGGUGGAUGAGACGGAGGAGACCACGACGUUCACGACGGAGACGUAUGAGACGAUUGAGGAGGUGCCAACCUUCAAGAAGACGCCCGAGACGACGGAGGUGGAUGAGACGGAGGAGACCACGACGUUCACGACGGAGACGUAUGAGACGAUUGAGGAGGUGCCAACCUUCAAGAAGACGCCCGAGACGACGGAGGUGGAUGAGACGGAGGAGACCACGACGUUCACGACGGAGACGUAUGAGACGAUUGAGGAGGUGCCAACCUUCAAGAAGACGCCCGAGACGACGGAGGUGGAUGAGACGGAGGAGACCACGACGUUCACGACGGAGACGUAUGAGACGAUUGAGGAGGUGCCAACCUUCAAGAAGACGCCCGAGACGACGGAGGUGGAUGAGACGGAGGAGACCACGACGUUCACGACGGAGACGUAUGAGACGAUUGAGGAGGUGCCAACCUUCAAGAAGACGCCCGAGACGACGGAGGUGGAUGACACGGAGGAGACCACGACGUUCACGACGGAGACGUAUGAGACGAUUGAGGAGGUGCCAACCUUCAAGAAGACGCCCGAGACGACGGAGGUGGAUGAGACGGAGGAGACAACGACGUUCACGACGGAGACGUAUGAGACGUAUGAGGAGGUGCCAACCUUCAAGAAGACGCCCGAGACGACGGAGGUGGAUGAGACGGAGGAGACCACGACGUUCACGACGGAGACGUAUGAGACGAUUGAGGAGGUGCCAACCUUCAAGAAGACGCCCGAGACGACGGAGGUGGAUGAGACGGAGGAGACCACGACGUUCACGACGGAGACGUAUGAGACGUUUGAAGAGGUGCCAACCUUCAAGAAGACGCCCGAGACGACGGAGGUGGAUGAGACGGAGGAGACCACGACGUUCACGGCGGAGACGUAUGAGACGAUUGAGGAGGUGCCAACCUUCAAGAAGACGCCCGAGACGACGGAGGUGGAUGAGACGGAGGAGACCACGACGUUCACGACGGAGACGUAUGAGACGAUUGAGGAGGUGCCAACCUUCAAGAAGACGCCCGAGACGACGGAGGUGGAUGACACGGAGGAGACCACGACGUUCACGACGGAGACGUAUGAGACGAUUGAGGAGGUGCCAACCUUCAAGAAGACGCCCAAGACGACGGAGGUGGAUGAGACGGAGGAGACCACGACGUUCACGACGGAGACGUAUGAGACGAUUGAGGAGGUGCCAACCUUCAAGAAGACGCCCGAGACGACGGAGGUGGAUGAGACGGAGGAGACAACGACGUUCACGACGGAGACGUAUGAGACGAUUGAGGAGGUGCCAACCUUCAAGAAGACGCCCGAGACGACGGAGGUGGAUGAGACGGAGGAGACCACGACGUUCACGACGGAGACGUAUGAGACGAUUGAGGAGGUGCCAACCUUCAAGAAGACGCCCGAGACGACGGAGGUGGAUGAGACGGAGGAGACCACGACGUUCACGACGGAGACGUAUGAGACGAUUGAGGAGGUGCCAACCUUCAAGAAGACGCCCAAGACGACGGAGGUGGAUGAGACGGAGGAGACCACGACGUUCACGACGGAGACGUAUGAGACGAUUGAGGAGGUGCCAACCUUCAAAAAGACGCCCGAGACGACGGAGGUGGAUGAGACGGAGGAGACCACGACGUUCACGACGGAGACGUAUGAGACGAUUGAGGAGGUGCCAACCUUCAAAAAGACGCCCGAGACGACGGAGGUGGAUGAGACGGAGGAGACCACGACGUUCACGACGGAGACGUAUGAGACGUAUGAGGAGGUGCCAACCUUCAAGAAGACGCCCGAGACGACGGAGGUGGAUGAGACGGAGGAGACCACGACGUUCACGACGGAGACGUAUGAGACGAUUGAGGAGGUGCCAACCUUCAAGAAGACGCCCGAGACGACGGAGGUGGAUGAGACGGAGGAGACCACGACGUUCACGACGGAGACGUAUGAGACGUUUGAAGAGGUGCCAACCUUCAAGAAGACGCCCGAGACGACGGAGGUGGAUGAGACGGAGGAGACCACGACGUUCACGGCGGAGACGUAUGAGACGAUUGAGGAGGUGCCAACCUUCAAGAAGACACCCGAGACGACGGAGGUGGAUGAGACGGAGGAGACCACGACGUUCACGGCGGAGACGUAUGAGACGAUUGAGGAGGUGCCAACCUUCAAGAAGACACCCGAGACGACGGAGGUGGAUGAGACGGAGGAGACCACGACGUUCACGACGGAGACGUAUGAGACGUUUGAAGAGGUGCCAACCUUCAAGAAGACGCCCGAGGCGACGGAGGUGGAUGAGACGGAGGAGACCACGACGUUCACGACGGAGACGUAUGAGACGUUUGAAGAGGUGCCAACCUUCAAGAAGACGCCCGAGACGACGGAGGUGGAUGAGACGGAGGAGACCACGACGUUCACGGCGGAGACGUAUGAGACGAUUGAGGAGGUGCCAACCUUCAAGAAGACGCCCGAGACGACGGAGGUGGAUGACACGGAGAAGACCACGACGUUCACGACGGAGACGUAUGAGACGAUUGAGGAGGUGCCAACCUUCAAGAAGACCCCCGAGACGACGGAGGUGGAUGACACGGAGGAGACCACGACGUUCACGACGGAGACGUAUGAGACGAUUGAGGAGGUGCCAACCUUCAAGAAGACGCCCAAGACGACGGAGGUGGAUGAGACGGAGGAGACCACGACGUUCACGACGGAGACGUAUGAGACGAUUGAGGAGGUGCCAACCUUCAAGAAGACGCCCAAGACGACGGAGGUGGAUGAGACGGAGGAGACCACGACGUUCACGACGGAGACGUAUGAGACGAUUGAGGAGGUGCCAACCGUCAAGAAGACGCCCAAAACGACGGAGGUGGAUGAGACGGAGGAGACCACGACGUUCACGACGGAGACGUAUGAGACGAUUGAGGAGGUGCCAACCUUCAAGAAGACGCCCGAGACGACGGAGGUGGAUGAGACGGAGGAGACCACGACGUUCACGACGGAGACGUAUGAGACGUAUGAGGAGGUGCCAACCUUCAAGAAGACGCCCGAGACGACGGAGGUGGAUGAGACGGAGGAGACCACGACGUUCACGACGGAGACGUAUGAGACGUAUGAGGAGGUGCCAACCUUCAAGAAGACGCCCGAGGCGACGGAGGUGGAUGAGACGGAGGAGACCACGACGUUCACGACGGAGACGUAUGAGACGAUUGAGGAGGUGCCAACCUUCAAGAAGACGCCCGAGACGACGGAGGUGGAUGAGACGGAGGAGACCACGACGUUCACGACGGAGACGUAUGAGACGAUUGAGGAGGUGCCAACCUUCAAGAAGACGCCCGAGACGACGGAGGUGGAUGAGACGGAGGAGACAACGACGUUCACGACGGAGACGUAUGAGACGAUUGAGGAGGUGUUAACCUUCAAGAAGACGCCCGAGACGACGGAGGUGGAUGAGACGGAGGAGACCACGACGUUCACGACGGAGACGUAUGAGACGAUUGAGGAGGUGCCAACCGUCAAAAAGACGCCCGAGACGACGGAGGUGGAUGAGACGGAGGAGACCACGACGUUCACGACGGAGACGUAUGAGACGAUUGAGGAGGUGCCAACCUUCAAGAAGACGCCCGAGACGACGGAGGUGGAUGAGACGGAGGAGACCACGACGUUCACGACGGAGACGUAUGAGACGAUUGAGGAGGUGCCAACCUUCAAGAAGACGCCCAAGACGACGGAGGUGGAUGAGACGGAAGAGACCACGACGUUCACGACGGAGACGUAUGAGACGAUUGAGGAGGUGCCAACCUUCAAGAAGACGCCCGAGACGACGGAGGUGGAUGAGACGGAGGAGACCACGACGUUCACGACGGAGACGUAUGGGACGUAUGAGGAGGUGCCAACCUUCAAGAAUACGCCCGAGACGACGGAGGUGGAUGAAACGGAGGAGACCACGACGUUCACGACGGAGACGUAUGAGACGAUUGAGGAGGUGCCAACCGUCAAGAAGACGCCCACGACGAUCGAGGUGGAAACGACGACCGAAACGGAAUCCCCGGACGGCACGACGAGCACUACAGUGGCGACGGAGACCUGCGAAGAGACGGAGACGGAGGAGAGCAGCCUCCCAAUGACGCCCGCUACGGGUGGUACUGUUGUAAGUGUGACGGAGCAAGCUGACACUGUGCCAGGCAAGUCGGUGAAGACCGAGGUGUUCCGCUCGGAGAGACCGGACGGCAGCAUCGUGACCAAGACGGUCCGCACGACGACUUGCACCACGAAGCCUGCGGACGGCGAGCUCGUGACGACGAUCGAGGUGGAAACGACGACUGAAACGGAAUCCCCGGACGGCACGACGAGCACUACAGUGGCGACGGAGACCUGCAAAGAUGCGAAUGUGAAAACAAAGAUGCUACUAUUGGAGAAGGUGACCUCGUCCGAGACGCCUGAAGUUCUUGAAGGAGAGAAGUCUGUGACGCUCACGACUUGUUCGGCGUUUGACGAUGUGUCUUUAAUUAAUGAGGCGAAUACGUUGGGGGAGAUCGCGACAGAAUCGCUGAGUCACAGAGGUACCGUCGAUGCUGUCGUUGUUAGUAGCAUGUCUUCUACCGGUGAAUCGAUAACUAUCGGAAGGCCGCAAGCUUUUGGUGACUUCCAAACGGGCGCUAUCCGCCAGAAAAUGAAAAGGAAGAGCAAAGUGAUGUCAGCCCAGGAUACCGUUGGCUUGCCAGUAGAGACAUUUGAGGAGACACAAAGUACGCAUGUUGCUGCUGCUUGGGGGGAAGUCACCGGUAAUCUGCACACGGAAUAUGACCACGUGAGUAAAUGCACCCAGAUACUUAUGGUGCGCCACGGGCAUUCGCUCCGAUUGGCGUUCGAUGACAUAUCGUGCGUUGGGCAAGUAGAUGAACGAGCCAAGAAGUCAACUGUUGUGGUGAAACAUGCUACAGGAUUUGCGGAGUCAGGAGCGUUGACCGCGGUAGUUGGAGCCGGUCGAAUCGGCAAAUUUGCUCUUCUAAGUGCCUUAGCUGGAGAAGAGGAUCCGACGGUAGGCUCGAUAUUCCACAACGGAAUCGCAGCGAGUGCUGUAGUAAGACGCCGUGCUACAGGCUUCUGUUGGUUCGGUGAUGGGCAUUCCGACUGGUACGGAACGACUACAGUACGUGAAGCUCUGUGCUUCAGUGCCUAUCUUCGUCGAGGUGACGAUGUUCCCGACCUUCAGAAGCUCGAAACAAUUGAGUCUUGUCUUGAGCUCUUGGGAUUGUCAAAGAUCGCUGAACAGUACGUCAGCUCGUGCUCUGUGGUGGAGGCCCGUCUCGUCGCAAUUGGGGUGGAGCUUGCAUUUGCUCCAAGCAUACUCGUUUUGGAUGAACCUACGAGCGACCUCGAUACGAUUAGUGCGCAGAGAAUUAUCCACGUGCUCAAGCAAGUCGCAUGUACUGGUCGUACAGUCGUCUGCAGUAUCGCCGACUCAGCAUCUUCCGCUGAGCUUCGGGCAUUCGAUCGCCUCCUAUUGCUAUCGAGUGGUGGCGAGACAAUUUACCAUGGCGAAACUCGCUGUCUAGUGCCGUACCUCGAGGCUAUUCCCGGUGUAAAGAAAAUGGGCAGUAGUAAGUGCGUAACUGCAUGGGCGCUUGAGAGUGUGGGCGAGAAGCCCCCGGUAUCUCACAUGGCAACAAUGACGACGACCACCACAACAACCAGAGGAAGCAAGGGCCGCACAAACGCAAAGAAGAAACGGCAUUCACGCGCUGAAUCAUCGUGGACUGGCUCCGAGAUCGCAACCAUCGAAGAAACCAAGUUUGUGCAGCUGUUCAAGCGCAGUGAGUUCAAACAGACGCUGUCAACGCAAAUGCAGCAAGCAGGUUACUUGCAACCACACUCGAAAGAGUCGCAAGAAUCUACAGUGAUUGCAGCGUACAAGAGCGGAAAGCUGGGAUUGCGGGCAUCUUCGUUGCGCACGCAGAUGGCUUUCCUUGUUCGACGCGUGGUUCGCUCUUACUGGCGCAGCUUGCGCUUGGAUCGAACAGUGGCAAAGACGGCAUCAUCAUCACUGCACCGUUUUGGAGUGAUGGGAGUAGUGUUCCUGGGUUUUGCGUGGCUCUUACUCGCAACGAGGAGCACUGAGUAUGAUACGUUCGAUGGCGUGCACCAUGGGGUAUCACUCAUUGCAUGGUCAACUCUGAUGCUUGGAGCGAGUUUCACACUCGGUGCUGUCGCGAGGGCUUGUCACGAUAAUGCUUGGAGAGAGAAUGCGUGCUGGCACCGUGAGCAGGCGUGGCAAGCGUACCCUGCGGUGGCUUACCACGUCUCUUCCAGCAUUGUGGAACUCGUGUUCGUGCUCUUGAUCACGUUUGUGGCUGCGGUGUUGACGUUCACCCUGUUCGGGUUUUGGUCGAUCACGAGAAGUGGCACCUUCACACUUGCCUGGUUCACUCUCACAAUCUUUGCUCUUGGACAGAUGUACCUCGGUCAGUGGCUCGUACGGAUAGCUCCAAAUGGAGGCGUUGCUGCGGUGGCAGGUGUUGGCAUCAAUCUACUUCCGCUGUUGACGCUCUGGAGGGGCAGUGCUGUAAGCACGAUAAUGUCGCUGGUGGUAUCAGUAACUCCGCAACACUCGGCACUUCAGGUACUACAAGCACUUGUCUUUGGUGCUACUGCUGACUCUUGCGUCUACGACAACAACGACGUUGAUCAGUUUCCAUGCUGCGAGCUGCGAUUGAUAUCAUCGGGUGAACGUCGCCGCUACAGGGGGAAACUCACGGUGCACACAUACGUGGAGACCGAGUACGGUGCCCAACGCGAUGGUGUGGCGGUUCACCUUGUCAAGCUGGCAAUUUUCCUCGUUGUGCUUCGCUUCCUCGUGAUUAUGGCGUUGAAGAAGCGACAAGUGUGA